AUUUACAGUCGGCAAAAGAGGUUAGUAAACACCAAUAUACACAUUUCAUUAUAUAAUAAUAUAUAAAUAUUGUUGGUUUGUGUUUCAGUUUUUUUCACGGCCUCCUCCCAUACUACCUCCACCCCCGUUAGAGAAUCUGGAAAAAGGAGAGAAAGGUGAUUCCUGUGAAUGUUCCGCGGAGACAGUGUCGCAAGUACUCCUGACAAUGCCAGAGCUGAAGGGACCGCCUGGGCCUGAGGGACCCCCAGGGGCCGAUGGAAACCCUGGCACUACAGGCAUGACUGGUAAACAAGGUGAUCAAGGUGUAAGGGGACCACCAGGACUGAAGGGUGACACAGGAGACCGCGGUGAAGAUGGGAAACCAGGGAUCGAUGGACUGCCCGGGGAUAAAGGAGACAGAGGUACAGAUGGUCUUCCGGGACCAGUUGGACCAACCGGUCCAUCGGGACCACCUGGUGAAUCUUGUAAGGAAACAUCCAAAGAUGUGCAACAAAUAACAGUAACCGGAGCCAAGGGGGAAACAGGAGCUCCAGGACCAACCGGCGUCAAAGGUGAUGUUGGAGAGAAAGGAGAAAGGGGAUUGCAAGGACCACAAGGCGAAAAAGGUGACCAAGGUCACAAAGGAUCUGAAGGGGUGAGAGGGGAGAAGGGAGAGAGGGGUGAAGCUGGUGUGGACGGGAUACCGGGACAACCUGGCGCUCACGGUAGACCAGCAGAAAAGGGGGAGAAAGGGGACAGGGGUGAACAAGGUUAUAAAGGGGAGCCAGGAAAAUCUGCAAAAUUGACAGAUUUAUUGGACCCUACUAUGGACCCUGCUGACGUGGAAGCGAUCGUUGAAAAGCUGAGAGGCUUCAAAGGAAAUACUGGAGAACCCGGUCGUAAGGGUGACAAAGGCGACAAGGGAAACACAGGUGCUCGCGGUAAAGAUGGCCGCCAUGGGAAGAACGGGGCCAGAGGUGAAAGGGGUCCUAAGGGUGACAUGGGACCGAAAGGCUCAACUACUUCUAUUGAACCAAAAGAAAACAGGGAUAUGCACGUUGAAGGACCUCCAGGACCUAAAGGCACUGCCGGUGAAAAGGGUGACAAAGGAGAAUGCAUCAGUAUUGAUAAAAUCAAAGGACCAAAAGGUGAUGUAGGCCCACGUGGUCCGCCAGGCGUAGAUGGUCCAUCUGGUCCACCAGGCGUAGGCUGCAACUCCAGCUGCACCGGCCAGCCGGGGCCGCCCGGACCGCCUGGACCACCCGGGGUCUCUAUCGUUGGACCAAAAGGGGAACCGGGGGAAUUCGUAGCUAAGAGGAAAUAUAACAGCUACGAUGUUGGACUGAACGAAGUGGACGACGACCACGAUGACGAAGACGAGUGGUACACCAGCACCACCGUGAUCUACAAGUCAUCCGCGGCGCUGUUCAAGCGAACCUCAAUGACGCCGCUCGGGACCCUGGCGUAUGUCAUUAGAGAGAAGAUGCUGCUCAUGAGAGUUGAUGACGGAUGGCAGUACGUUGUUAUGGGAUCAAUAAUAGAAGCUGGGAAGUCAAUCAAGAAUAAGUACACGACAACAACAUACAGACCAGAGCCGAUUCCUCUGAGUACAUCCACUUCAGAUGCGUUUGGACAACUCAGAGACGCACCUUCGACUCCGUAUAGCAAUGAAGAGAAAAGAUUCGUAAGUAAGAUACGGAUAGCAGCUCUAAACUACCCGUACACGGGAAGAAUGCACUCAGAGUCCUUGAGCACGGGUCACAACGCGGCUAACUAUGACUGCUAUAGACAAUCUAAGAGGCAUUAUUACAGCGGAACCUACAAGGCUUUUUUGGCUAGCGAAGAACAAGUACUUAGCUCUAUAGUAAAGCCCUCAGACCGCAUGUUGCCGGUGGUCAACAUCAGAGACGAAGUGCUUUUCGAUUCUUGGACCAGCAUCUUCGAAGGAACGGGUGGAUUGUUCCGGGGAUCAGUGGAUAUCUACAGCUUCAACAGGAGAAAUGUUAUGACUGAUCCGCUAUGGCCUAACAAGGCGGUGUGGCACGGAGGCAACACCACGGGGGGUCGCUCCGUGCACGACUGCGACCGGUGGCAGAGCGAGAGGGAAUCCGGUCUCGCGUCGCCACUGCGAGACCAUAGACUAUUAGGGCAGGAUAUAUAUCCUUGCAAUCAACCACUCAUAGUGUUAUGUGUGCAAGUUACAGCCACUAGCACUACGCACAAUCAUUUAAAACAAAUUCAAAGAAGACAGCGGCAUAAACUGGCUAGAAGAAGAGAUCAUCCUAAUCACGCUCACGAUCGUGUAACAGGUCUAUACAAUAUGACCGAUAGAUAUUAGUAGAAAAACCUAGAUAGGUAGGCACUAUUUCAAUCAAACUUCAAAAUUUUCUUUCUCAACCUCAUU